CGUUCGAACCAGACCCGGAACGAACCCAUAAGCCCUUAUGCAACCGUGGUUAUAAUUGAUUCAAUUAGACCAUCCGAUCUAGGUACUCCCACGCAGUAACAUUGCAACACGGCAGCUGGCUCUGUAUCCCUCGUUCGAACACUGUGUUGCCCUUUGCACCAUUCCCGUAUACUGACACCCAUUGCAAUCAACCGCAACAAUGGCCGACUUUGACAUAGAAAAGAAGCCGAAUGUGAAUCCGGCAUGCAAGAGUGAGAAUGCGUUAGGAGCUGAUGAUUCUGACGCACUCAGAUUAGCCGAGAUGGGAUACACACAGGAUUUGCAGCGCAAUUUCUCAAUACUCUCACUUGUUGGUAUUGCGUUUUGUAUGUCCAAUUCCUGGUUUGGUAUCUCUGCAUCCUUGAUCACUGGUAUCAGUUCUGGAGGCACGGUCCUUAUCGUUUACGGAUUGAUUUGGAUCGGUUUCAUUUCAACAUGUGUGGGUGCCUCGCUUUCCGAACUGGCCAGCUCCAUGCCCAAUGCCGGUGGUCAAUAUUUCUGGGCCAAUGAACUUGCGCCUAAGAAAUAUUCACGAUUUGCAUCCUAUUUCACCGGCUGGUUUGGAUAUGCUGGUGCCAUUUUCGCCUGUGCCAGUGUAGCUCUCAGUCUUGGGUCCGCUGGGGUAGGAAUGUGGCAACUUGGCCAUCCCGAAUUUGUUCCGCAGCCAUGGCAUACUGUGGUAGCCUAUCAGCUCAUCAACUUCUUUUGUUACCUCUUCAACUGCUGGGGUAAAACGUUGCCUGCAGUUGCAAAGGUCACCCUUUACAUCUCGCUACUCUCUUUCUUCGUGAUCCUGGUCACAGUGCCCGCUUGUGCUAAGACUCAUGCCAGCGCAGCAUAUGUGUUUGGUCAUUUCGUCAAUUCCACUGGAUGGGAGUCGGACGGUAUGGCUUUCAUUGUUGGGCUGAUCAAUCCAAACUGGAUCUUUGCCUGUUUGGACUCUGCGACCCACCUUGCGGAGGAGGUACCACAGCCUGAGAAGAACAUCCCCAUCGCUAUUAUGGCCACCGUUGGCAUUGGCUUCGUCACGUCUUGGUUCUACUGUAUCUCCAUGUUCUUCAGUCUGAAUGACCUGAACAAGCUUCUGAACACAGCUACUGGGGUUCCCAUCUUGGAACUUUACUACCAAGCGCUUGACAAUGUGCCCGGCGCCAUUGUGUUGGAGACAUUGUUGCUCGUCACCGGAAUGGGAUGUCUGAUUGCGUGCCACACUUGGCAGUCACGCCUCUGCUGGGCUUUUGCUCGUGACCGUGGUAUCCCUGGACACAAGUGGCUCGCUCAGGUCAACCACACUCUCGAUGUGCCUCUGAACGCGCACAACGCCAGCAGCUUCAUCGUUGCUGUUCUCGGACUGCUCUAUCUCGGCUCCUCUACCGCUUUCAACAGCAUGGUGACCGCCUGUAUCACCCUGCUAUACAUCUCGUACUCCUGUCCCAUCGUAUGCCUCUGGUACCGCGGUCGUGACAACAUCAACCAUGGACCCUUCUGGCUUGGAAAAUGGGGCGCCUUCGCCAAUAUUGUCACCGUCCUAUGGACCAUCUUCUGUCUUGUCAUGUACUCCUUCCCAUCAACCAUGCCAGUGAACACAGGCAACAUGAACUAUGUCUCGGCUGUAUAUGGUGUUGUGAUUUUCAUUGUUCUUUGCGAUUGGUUCGCUCGCGGUAGACGCGUAUAUAAAGGGAGUGUUAGCGCUCUCGAGGGCCAUGGCGCGUCCGAGGACUCGGAGUAAAGAUGGAUAUUGAUUAUCCCACACUUCGCUUCUUUCACUCCUCCAUUCUGCACGUAUAUAUUAUUUUUGUGAUUUGCAAGCGUUUUCAUGAUUUGUCCACGGCGAAGUGAGGGCGUUUUGACAAUGCCAACGAGAGGAUCGUUGAUCGAGAACCCAGAGAAAUUCUAUGUGGAGUCGGGAGUUGUACAUCAGACGACGAUACCCUGAAGACAUAGGAGCUGAUGACCUUUACAAACAAAAAAAUUCAAAAAAGUUCAAUAACCAUUUUGUUUGAGUUGUAAUCCGAGACUUGACAUUUUGUAAAGGAAGAUGAAGUUCAUAGAUUGAAGCAAGUGAACGCAGGUGAGAUCUGACUGCCAUGUGACUGUUGGCUAUGCCGCAUCUGGCCGAGUGAGUUUGUAUCCGUUGGAUCCAUGGAAGGCCUGAGAAUUGUUGCUUUUUAUGUUGUAUGCAAUUUGUUCAAUAACAUCACGGGUAAGUCAUACAAUCGGGAUGGAUGGAAUUACUACAGAGUAUACUCAAGCACAUUGACCAUGGCAGCUAAUUGCAUGAUAUCAAUGUGACAUUUUCCAUGUUUUGUACCUGAUACCGGUAUAACAGACUAUAUUAAUGCAGUGGUGUCUUUUGCUGAUGCAAAAUGCACAAAGAGCGCCAUAUGUGGGCAAUAUUCGGUAGUUCUAUUAAUACCAAUAACUUGUGUCAAUGGCUACCUGGAUCCAGGCUUUC